AUGAAGUGGAAGGUCCGCAGAGCAGAUCCAAAGCAAGGCGCUGCCAGGGUGACCCUGCGUGAGAUGGAUCAAAACCACGAGCAGCUCACUGCCGUAGCAGUGGCUGGAGAAGGGGAGGGCGGAGGGUCUGAAGCAGCGCAGAAGAGUAUCAGAUACCCCACGCCCCGGUGCUUGUCUAAAGCGUGGUCAGGUCUGGACACAAAGGUUCAUUUUGGUUAUUUUGUUUCCUUUCCAGGCACUUGGGACUUGUUGGGAGCCUACUGGGACAUGAGAGAAGCCAAUUACCAACAUUCAGCCAGAUACUUCCAUGCCGGCGGGAGCUAUGAUGCUGCACAAAGGGGCCCUGGGGGCGUCUGGGCUGCUAAAGUGAUCAGCAAUGUCAGGGAAUAUCUUCAAGGACUCUUAAACCAGGAUUACUUUGGAAGCAGCAGCUAUGGGUUGCGGGACUUGAAGUCCAAUCAGAAAGCUGAGGAAUGGGGCCGCAGUGGCAAUGACCCCGAGCACUUCCGACCUGCUGGCCUGGCUGAGAAAUACCGAGCUCCCAGCUCCCUCUGCUGUCACGGGACGAGGCUGUGA